AUCAGUCAGAGGAGGAAUGUUCACACAAUGAGAGUCUGUAUAGUAGCUCUGCUAUUGCCUCGGUCUACCACACAGACAAAUGAUUGUCAAUGGACUAUUGAGACGGAUCUCAAUCGGAUACUAUAACGGCUCCACGCGUUUCGACCUUCUGUUUUUUCCCUUGCUUUGCGAUCAGAUUCUUCUCCGGAUGGAGAUGGACCAACAAAGAGAAAGGACUAAUUUCCAAACAACAAUGCCGUGAGUCUUGAAGUUUUGUGGAUUUGGUGUCUUUGUAUGCUCCAUUCUCUCGCUGUGGGGACGAAGCGCUCACUCCCAUUUCAUCGGCUGCUCUGAUGGUCGCACUCUUGUGGCUGUUUAACGACUGUAACGCACACGUUUGGGCCGAAAAUGUAGCAAGGAUUGUGAAAGAGAAGUUGUGCGUGCCAUGAUUUUGAAUCAUCUGAGGGCUUCAUAUUGAAUGCAGCCUGUUUGUCUCUGAGCAGAGGUCGCGUCGUUAAGGAAGAGAAGAUUCAUUCCAGUUGUGACCCCCACGACUUCUUUCAUGUUUGGAAAUCAUUUUGCUCUCAGAGAUACUGUAGGAUACUGUAACUUUGGGACUUUUUGAUGCACAUGAGGACAAUAGUUUGGAUAUCGUCUUACUUAAUGUUUAACAGUCUGUUAUCAUAUGGGAAUUUACCAGUUACUUUUAACAGAAUAACUGUUAAACUAAUAUCCAAAUAAAAAAGGCCAGUAAUUCAGUUUUUCACAUGGAAUUAUAGUUAAGUUCGCACAUACUGUUUUCUUGCUCUGGCUGAGAAGACACUCAGCUUCUCUGAAGUUGUGAGGGACCAACGGGCAUGGGAGAGGCAACUCCCGCUCAGUCUGCUGCUGCUGCAGGAACCUUCGUGCCCAUGCUGGGUGUCGGUUUAGGAGCCAUGCCCGGCGGGGUGGUCGGCAACGGGCCGAUGGUGGCCACCUCCCGAGGAGGCUCCGCAGUCCCUCAGCUGCACAACGCCAUCGUGGAGCGUCUGCGCGCCCGCAUCGAGCUGUGCAGGAGGCACCACUCUACCUGUGAGAACCGCUACCAGAGGGGUCAGGCCGAGAGCUCCGACCGGGAGCACGAAAACACGCUGCACCUGCUCAACAUCGUCCAACAGGGUCCAGGGAACCGAAAAACUAAAGGGAGCCGGGCAUCGAACCAACAACCUCCAGACUACAGCAGGGCCAAUGGGGAGCAGAAGGGCGCAGAGGGCGAGCAGAAAAUUUCCACCCGCAUAGCGCUUCAAGGAUCUCUACGAAGGAAAAUUGAAGGAAACGCACCAGGACAUUCAUCAAAGCAGAACGGCCUCUCUUGUGGAUUCUCUGGACCCGACUUUAAGCGUGUCCGUUUGGAUGCAGGUGGCCUAGCUCACAGUUCCUGCAAUCACAACUUAACCCACCCUCUGCAAGGGUCCUCAACCACUGGCACGCAAAGGAAGAACUACAUGAUGCCCCAUGGAAUAGGGUCAGAGAUAUUCAACAUUACUCUGAAAGAAAUGAAAAAAGAGCCCCAAGAGAUUCAGUCUUGUGGCCAUUCAAACUCUGAGAUGAUUUUUGACUUCAAAGAGGAAGGUGGUGGACAGAUUGACCCAGAACUCCAGGAUCUCUUUGAUGAACUGACAAAGUCAGUGCCUCCACUGAAUGAUCUUGAAUUUGAGAAGAUGCUAAAGCAGGACGAUACCUUUGGUUUGGAUCUAGGUCGGCCCAAUUCAGCAGGAGCAGCGGCCACUCUGUGUUGCUCAGUGGAGAAGAUGAUAAAGACGGAGCACUCGCAAGAUUUUGGACAGGGCCGCAAUGGUUCGCCACAGCUUCGACCGGCCUCAGCAGGUCCCUCAUUCACACUGAUCAGCACCUCUUCUACCAACACAUCGCAGAAAGCUAAUGCCCAGACAGGACACACAAGAACCUUGCCCUGCUGGCCUGAAAUCUCCCAUGCACAGCAGCUCAAGCAGAUGGCAGCAAACCAGCAACAGCCAGGUUCUCUUCUCCAUCACCAACACCAGACCCAGCAUGUAGGAAUGACCAGCUGGACUCCAACCAUGAGCGCUCAACCCACCACUACCAGCUUUUCCAAAACAAAGGUUUCUAACCCAGCCACACUCAGCCAGCAGAAGAUUGGGUCCAAUAAUAAAGGGAUCAGCAACUGCCUCUUUAAGUCAAAUGGCCACAAUGGUUCCCAUCAGUUAGACAUGAAGUGUCUCAGCUCUAAGCCAACAUUGCACUUCAGCCCCAAAGUGCCUCAUUCCUCCAGCCAGCCCAUGUCUAUCAUGACAAACUCAAUGAAUAAGAUGGAGCAGCAUCAACAGUCUCCGUCAUCAAGUCAGAAUCAGCCACAUUCAGCUCUUCAUUUUCAGAACCAACAGAACUCAACAUCGGGAGCCAUCUGUUUACAACCCAAGUCGGUUUCUGCAGGAUUACCAUUCAGAAUGACUCAACAGGCUGUGCCUGCUGCUCCGAGGCUGCCCACCACCGGAAGCUUAGGAGUUCUAUCAGCCCCAUCACAACCACAGCCGUCAGCUCCUAGCAUCCAGCAGAAAGGUCCAGCCAGAGGCCAGCCCAUGCAGAGACAGGUUAACCAGCAGCAGCAUCCAAUCAGCAACACAGACAAAGAUAAUACACAUGAUCAGUUCAGUCGACAUCUCACAAGGCCGCCUCCUGAUUACAAGCAGUCAAGAAGCUUGGUAGGGAUUCAGCAAGGACAUGUCUUUUCAGGUCAAAACCCUGUGCAGUCUCCCAGCGGUGGCCCUGACAAUAACUUGCAGUCAGUAUCUUGCCAACUCUCAAGUGGGCCCACUUCAAAGAUCAGCCCCUUACCGUCAGAUCGCAAAUUUGGUAUAAGGCCAGACUGCCUUCCAAGUUCUUGUAUUGGCCAGUUUCAGCAGCAAAAUAAUCGUAUGGGACUGAAUCAAAGUAAACCUAGGUUCCUGGGACCAAACGCACAGGGGAAAUCCUUUGGGAUAAACAGUGUAGCAGGUGUACAACACCAGAGGGCAACAGCUGACUUACAAUCUUCUGGGGUGCCAACUCAGAGUCUAGGAGGCUCAGUGACAAAUGUCAGCAUGGGCUGGGGGUCCGCCCACAAGCAAGUGACAACUGGACUCAGCGUUCGGCGUCUGCCCAACCCGCUACAGUUGCAAGGUGUGCAAGACCUGCCGAACCACCUGUACCAGCAGAGGCACGUCGGACCACCCAACCAGGUAGCACGAGAUGUCGGGAUGUUCCCUAUGAACCCAUUAUUAGGUGAUGCAGGCCAACCCAGACCGAGUCAGGCCAUGAUGGGCUGUCCUUCACCACUGGGAAACCUGAGCCAGGCUUCUCCGGAACAAAGGGUACCAGCAGCUAGUUUUCCAGAUGCCAGUCCCAGCUCAAGCAGCUACCAGAACAACAGAUCCAACCGUCUGACCUUUGAUUUCCUCCCCGAAGGGGAUAACACGGUCCCAGGAAUCAAUGCAGACUCAGACUUCAUUGACUCUUUGCUUAAGUCGGGCUCUGGGAAUGACGACUGGAUGAAAGAUAUAAACCUGGAUGAGAUUCUGGGAAGUCACUCAUAAAUUUAGAUUACUGGUUGCAGAAAAUGGACCUGCAGCUCAAAUUAUAGAGUUUAUAUCUGUAAUGUAGAAGGAAUACAAUUUGUAAGUAAUGUUAAAAAAAUUUAUAAAAUCCAAAUUAAAUGUUAUUCGUGUAUACAGAUUUUUUUUGUAUUUACUGUGAAAUAAAUGUAUGUUUGUGUUUUCAGUACAUAUUUGUCUCCGGUAUAUUCCCCAAGAAACUGCUUUCCUGUUUUUGUUUUUGUGGACUGUAUUUCACGCAUUAGUGCAGUUGUUAUAAAGUAAAAAUACACACUGUGAAAAGAAAACCUUGCUGUGUUACUUUUAAAGUCAUGUUUUAGUAUUUACCCUCGGAUAAUUUGCCAUACACCAAAUUUUCCAAAACAAAAGUUUCUUCUUACAGUGAUGGUCAUCAUUUUCAUCUGUGGUAGUUUUAAAUGCUGUUUAAAUAAUGUAACCCUUAUUUUUCUCAUGUGAUAUUUAAUACUCGGAAUAGUAAUUAGGCAAUAUAAUACGUGUAAUUAAUAAAAUUUAUUUGAAUAAA